AUGGUCGCUUACUUGAAUAAAGCGAGGGAUCUAUUGGUGCAGUUUGAUAAGUACACUCUCCAGCAAGCACCUCACGACCAAAAUUUAAACGCUGAUGCUUUGGCCAAGUUGGCAAGUGCCAAGGAUGCUGAUACCCUAAACAUAGUGCCAAUUGAGCGACUAUCUGCUCCAAGCAUCCAAGCAGAAGAUGCAUCUUUGGUGAUUCAAGCGGUGGAUACAUGGAUGGCACCUUACAUGGAGUACCUGACGAAGGGUGUGUUACCAGCAGAUAAAAACAAAGCCAGGACUCUUCAGUGGCAGGCAGCUAGGUAUAUCCUGGUUGAAUGA